UUCGUCAAAGUGGCUAAUGGAGACUUGGCCACGGUAACAAUUUUCACACGGAGAAGAGAUGGCGUCGAACCGUUCAAAGCAAGCCAGUUUAAUCUUAGAAGAUGGUUCUGUAUACAAAGGGAAGCUGUUUGGAGCAGCUAAGUGCGUUGCUGGUGAAGUUGUGUUUCAGACUGGCAUGGUUGGAUAUCCAGAAUCCCUCACAGAUCCAUCAUACAGAUGUCAAAUUCUUACUCUUACCUAUCCACUGAUUGGAAACUAUGGAGUCCCAGAUGGAGAAAAGGAUUCAUAUGGGUUGGCAGUUGAGCUGGAGUCAGAUAAAAUCUGGGCAGCAGCUCUGGUUGUUGGUGAUUAUGUUGAAGAGUACAGUCACUGGAAUGCAAAGAAAUCUCUUUCCCAGUGGUUAGAGGAAGAGGGGGUACCAGGCAUUAGUGGUAUUGACACAAGAGCAUUGACAAAGAAGAUCAGAGAAACAGGAUGCAUGUUAGGAAAAGUAGUGAUUGAAGAUGUGGAACCAGAGUCCAUUCCAUUUGAUGAUCCAAAUCAGAGAAACCUAGUUGCAGAGGUUUCAUCAAAGGCACCAGUUGUUUAUAACCCAGAUGGUGAGUUCAAGAUCAUCGCUGUGGAUUGUGGAAUAAAAUACAACCAGAUAAGGUGUCUUAUUGCCAGAGGAGCUGCUGUUAAAGUUGUUCCUUGGAAUUACAAUUUCAACGAUGAUGUGGAAAAAGGAGACUGUGAUGGUGUGUUCUUAAGCAAUGGUCCUGGAGAUCCCACUUUCACUACUGAGACUAUAAACAAUAUUAAAAAGUUUACAGAACGCACCAGUCUUAAACCUCUAUUUGGAAUUUGCUUUGGACACCAGCUCCUGGGCUUGGCUGUUGGAUGUAAAAGCUUCAAAAUGAAGUAUGGAAAUAGAGGUCACAAUAUUCCUUGCAUACAUCAUGGCACAGAUCGCUGUUUUAUCACCACACAGAAUCAUGGCUUUGCUAUUGAUACCAACUCUCUGCCACCUGAUUGGUCAGUGUUGUUUACAAAUGCUAAUGACCAAACAAAUGAAGGGAUAAUUCAUAACAGCAAGCCAUUUUACAGUGUGCAGUUUCACCCAGAACAUAUGGCUGGACCACAAGACUUAGAGUUGUUGUUUGACAUCUUUUUGUCCACAGUCAAGCAGUACAAACAAACUGGAGAACAAUCAGUAUCAGUUAAGGAAAGGAUUCAGCAGUCACUGAAGUUUGAUCCCCUAGUAUCACCCAGUGAACACACACCCAAGAAAAUUUUGAUUUUAGGUUCAGGAGGUUUGUCCAUUGGACAAGCUGGAGAGUUUGAUUAUUCGGGGUCACAGGCUAUUAAAGCUCUUAAAGAGGAAGGUAUCCAAACUGUUUUGGUAAAUCCAAACAUUGCUACAGUGCAGACGUCGAAAGGCCUUGCAGACAAAGUCUAUUUUCUUCCUAUAACAGCCAACUAUGUCACUCAGGUCAUUCAAAGUGAACACCCAGAUGGUAUCCUGUUGUCAUUUGGAGGUCAAACUGCUCUGAACUGUGGCAUUGAGCUUCAAGCAAGUGGUGUACUGGAGAAGUAUGGUGUCCAAGCAUUAGGGACUCCAAUUAGUUCCAUAGUUUGUACUGAAGACAGGAAGAUGUUUGCUGGGAAACUAGCAGAAAUUGGGGAAAGAGUUGCACCAAGUGAAGCAGUGUAUUCUGUUGAGCAGGCCAUUGCUGCUGCAGAAAGGCUUGGGUAUCCUGUGUUAGUGCGAGCAGCAUUUGCACUGGGUGGUCUGGGGUCAGGAUUUGCUCAGAACAGAGAAGAACUGGUUUCCCUUGUCAAUGGAACCUUUGCCCAUACCAAGCAAGUGAACCUGGACAAAUCAUUGAAAGGCUGGAAGGAAAUUGAAUACGAGGUUGUCAGAGAUGCUUUUGACAACUGCAUCACAGUUUGUAACAUGGAGAAUGUUGAUCCACUGGGUAUCCACACUGGAGAGUCCAUUGUUGUUGCUCCAAGUCAGACCCUCACCAAUUCAGAAUACAACAUGCUGCGCACCUGUGCUGUCAAGGUCAUCAGACAUCUUGGAGUUGUGGGAGAAUGUAACAUACAGUACGCUCUUAAUCCAGAAUCUAAAGAGUAUUUCAUCAUUGAGGUAAAUGCAAGGCUCUCUCGAAGUUCAGCUCUUGCAUCAAAGGCCACGGGCUAUCCCCUGGCAUAUGUGGCAGCAAAGUUGGCUCUGGGAAGACCCUUACCAGUGUUGAGAAACUCAGUCACCAACUCUACAACAGCUUGCUUUGAGCCUAGCCUGGAUUAUGUUGUUGUUAAAAUUCCAAGAUGGGACUUGAGCAAGUUCAGCAAGGUCAAUACAAAGAUUGGAAGCUCAAUGAAAAGUGUUGGAGAAGUAAUGGCUAUCGGACGACAGUUUGAAGAAGCCCUUCAGAAAGCCCUAAGGAUGGUGAAUGAGGCAAACGUGGGUUUUGAUUCUCAUGGUCAUACAGCAUCUGAUGAAGAAUUGAAGCAACCUUCUGAUCAGCGUAUUCAUGUGCUUGCCGCUGCAUACAAGGAGGGUUACACCAUAGAUAAGUUGUAUGAGCUGACCAAGAUUGACAAGUGGUUUUUGAGUCGCAUGAAAUGCAUAAUGGAUUAUGCUCUAAUGCUGAAAAACUAUAGAGAAAAGACUGAGCCUGGUCAACAGUCAUCAACGUCUGCACCCUUAAUGCACAGAGAGAAGGCAGCUGAAGUUUCCUACAGGGAUUUACUUGGAGCUAAACAACUGGGAUUCUCUGAUAAGCAAAUUGCAAAGUGUAUUCACAACACUGAACUUGCUGUUCGAAAAGUGCGUCAGCAGUAUGGUCUUACCCCAUUUGUAAAGCAAAUUGACACUGUGGCUGCAGAGUACCCAGCUUUUACAAACUACCUGUAUCUGACUUACAAUGCAUGUGAAGAUGACAUCGACUUUGACAGUGGGGCCUGUAUGGUGAUUGGUUCUGGGGUGUACAGGAUUGGCAGCAGUGUGGAAUUUGAUUGGUGUGCUGUGGGCUGUAUCAGAGAACUCAGAAAGUUGAAGAAAAAGACCAUAAUGUUGAACUAUAAUCCAGAAACUGUCAGUACAGAUUAUGAUGAAUGUGAGCGACUGUACUUUGAUGAAAUCUCCUUUGAGGUUGUUAUGGAUAUUUAUGAAAAAGAAAAUCCAGAGGGUAUCAUCUUAAGUAUGGGAGGACAGUUACCAAACAACAUGGCAAUGCAGCUUCACAGGCAACAGGUUCGCAUCCUAGGCACUUCUCCUGAGAUGAUUGACAAUGCUGAGAAUCGUUACAAGUUUUCCAGAAUGUUGGACAAUAUUGGAAUUCUUCAACCACACUGGAAAGUUCUUACAACUUUAGAGGAUGCCAAAAAGUUCUGUGCCACAGUUGGGUAUCCCUGUCUUGUGCGACCAUCGUACGUGCUCAGUGGUGCUGCCAUGAAUGUUGCGUUUUCUGAUGAUGAAAUGGUUACGUACCUUGGCAAUGCUCAGUCUGUAUCCAGUGAACACCCUGUUGUUAUUUCCAAAUUCAUCCAGAAUGCAAAGGAGAUAGAUGUUGAUGCAGUGGCCAGUGACGGAGAGGUGGUCAGUAUGGCUGUAUCUGAACAUGUGGAGAAUGCUGGAGUCCAUUCUGGUGAUGCCACAAUGGUUUUACCUCCACAAGAUCUGAAUGAAGAGACACUCAAGAAGAUACGAAAGAUCUGCUUUGAUAUUGGGCAAGCCUUGAUGGUUACUGGGCCAUUUAACAUGCAGCUGAUUGCUAAGGAUAAUGAACUGAAAGUGAUCGAAUGUAAUCUUCGUGUCUCCCGCUCCUUUCCUUUUGUAUCCAAGACUCUUGAUCACGACUUUAUCGCUAUGGCAACACAAGUUAUCUGUGGUUUGUCCGUUGAACCAGCUUUGGACUGUGCGGGGUAUGGACGAGUUGGAGUAAAGUCCAAGAAUGAGAUGUUGCCCAGCCUUAAGACUUUGGUAGAAUUAGGAUUCAAGUUAUAUGCUAGUCCAGGGACAGCUGAUUUUUACAUGGAGCAUGGAAUUAAGGUUAAGGCAGUGGAUUGGCCAUUUGAGGAGGGCGGCAAUGGCGCUACAGAGCAGAGCAUCCUAGACUACCUUGCACAGAACAAGUUUGAUUUGGUGAUUAACCUUCCUCUGAGGAGCACUGGCUCUAGGCGAGCUUCAUCUUUUAUAACACACGGUUACCGCACCCGCAGAAUGGCUAUAGAUUACUCCAUACCACUCAUCACAGACAUCAAGUGUGCCAAACUUCUUAUUGAGGCUCUAAAGAGAAUCGGCGGAGCGCCUAAACUGAAGACUCACAUUGACUGUAUGUCGUCUGGCCGCGCAGUUCGUCUGCCUGGGUUGAUUGACGUGCAUGUGCACCUGCGCGAGCCUGGGGCGACACAUAAGGAAGAUUACUCAUCCGGGACAGCAGCUGCUUUGGCCGGUGGUGUGACAAUGGUGUUACCCAUGCCUAACACUAAUCCCGCUAUUGUUGACGAAUCUGCGUUCAAUUUGAUUAGAAAGUUGGCCUCAGCUGGUGCUCGAUGUGAUUACGGUAUUUACCUGGGUGCCAGUGCUGAUAACUACGCAACAGUGAAGGAUUUAGCUCACCUGUCUGCUGGUCUAAAAAUGUACCUCAAUGAAACGUUUACUACACUGAGACUUGACAACAUGUCAACAUGGAUGAAGCAUCUAGAGCAUUGGCCAAAACACAUACCACUGGUAUGCCACGCCGAGGGACGUACAACUGCUGCCAUCCUAUUGCUAGCAGAGCUUGCUGAUAGACCUGUCCAUAUAGCUCAUGUGGCAAGGAAAGAAGAGGUGCUUGUGAUUCGAGCUGCUAAAGAGAAAGGAAUCCAAGUCACGUGUGAAGUAUCACCUCAUCACUUGUUCCUGACAGAAGAUGACGCGGACAGGAUUGGCAUUAAGAGAGUUGGGGUCAAGCCUGCUCUUGUUACGGCUGAAGAUCAGAAGGCGCUCUGGGAUAAUCUUGACAUUAUCGACUGCUUUGCCACAGAUCAUGCACCACAUACACUGGAAGAGAAAGAUUCUGAAAAACCCCCUCCUGGCUUCCCAGGGUUGGAAACUAUGCUUCCGCUGCUGUUAACUGCGGUGCAUCAAGGACGAUUAACGAUCGAUGACAUAACCCUUCGAUUGUGCACGAAUCCACGAAAAAUCUUCAGCCUUCCCGAGCAGAAAGAUACAUACGUUGAGGUCGAAAUUGGAGAAGAAUGGACUAUUCCGUCCGCCAUGACUUACUCUAAAGCGCAGUGGACACCAUUCGCUGGAAUGAAAGUCAAUGGUUGCGUCAGAAGAGUUGUGCUAAGGGGUGAAACUGUGGUUAUUGACGGAAAGGUUCUGGCGGCACCCGGAGCUGGACAAGAUGUGCGCAUGAUCAGUGCAUUGCCACUUGCGCCACCCGUCUUCCAAUUGCCACCGCAGGUUCAGAUACCGCCCCCCAGUCCGAGGAAGGUGUCAGAUACUCGUUGGGGCUUUCCACCGUCUGUACAUCGGUUUGUUGAUACGCAUUACAGCGGACCAGAACCUCUCAGCCUGCCUGUUGGAGAUGGGACCCCAGAGUCCACACCGCAUUCUCACCACACCCCUCCACACCCAGUGUCGCCAGGCAUACAUUCUCAUGCACCAGUGACCCUUCCCCGUAUACCACUCCAUGUGUUCUUGGGUCAUCACAUUUUGAGUGCCAGCAAAUUCACCAGAGAACAGCUCCAUUACCUGUUCAACGUGGCUCAUCAGAUGCGGCUGGUUGUUCAGAGAGAAGGAGUGUUGGAUUUACUGAAGGGAAGGGUAAUGGCAUCGUUGUUUUACGAAGUAAGUACACGGACGUCAUCGUCGUUUGCUGCAGCCAUGCAGAGACUGGGUGGAUCUGUAAUUUUCAUGAAGGAACAAGAUUCAUCGGCCAAGAAGGGAGAAAGUUUAGAAGACUCUGUUCAAGUGAUGUCAUCUUACUGUGAUGUAGUGGUGAUACGACACCCUCAGCCUGGAGCAGUACAGAAAGCUGCCGAACACUGUCGUAAGCCAGUCAUAAAUGCGGGCGAUGGAGUUGGAGAACACCCUACCCAGGCCCUUUUGGAUGUGUUUACCAUCCGUGAAGAGAUUGGUACUGUAAACCGUCUGACGGUGACUAUGGUCGGAGACUUGAAGAACGGGCGUACUGUUCACUCAUUGGCCAAAUUGCUUUGCCUUUAUGACGUCACGCUCCGUUAUGUUUCACCUGCGGCUCUGUCAAUGCCUGAAUCCAUCAAGGAGUAUGUCCGAAAGAAAGGAAUACAUCAGGAAGAAUUUUCAAGCCUUACGGAUGCGCUUCCUGACACAGAUGUUCUGUACGUGACAAGAAUUCAAAGGGAAAGAUUUGAAAGCCAAGAAGAGUACGAAAAGGUAUUUGGAAGCUAUGUUAUCACACCACAGAUUCUAACAGAAGCCAAGGAGAAGAUGGUAGUUAUGCAUCCUUUACCUCGUGUAAAUGAAAUCAGCGUGGAGGUUGAUUCCGAUCCUAGAGCGGCUUAUUUCCGUCAGGCUGAGUACGGCAUGUAUAUCAGAAUGGCUCUGCUUGCCUUGGUAUUAGUAAAGAGCUGAUGGCUUGAUGCUGGUAUAUGGAGGUCCUCUUUCAUUCUGAUCUUAUCCAAUCCUUAUUCCGGUGAAGACUCAGUAAAACUGAUCCUGUGGCUCAUGCAGCUUGUUAAAAUUUAGCCCAAUUUGUUAAAGUUUGUUAACAGCAAUCAGUUUAAUCUUCUCCAUCCAAUGUCAUCCUCGCUCCUUCGUAGUUUAUCAUUUCUUUUGUAUCAUUUUUCUUGUAUCAUUUUUCACAUUCACCAAUAUUUUGUAGUCUUCUCCAAUAUAAGGGAGUUUUGCAUGUCGGAAAACGCGACUCGAUCUCGUAACGUAACAGCAUAAACAAUCUUAAAUUUAAACAGUUAAAGAUUUACAGACAAAAAGUCUUACAUUAUAUAGAGAGAUAGUUUGGUUGUGUAGACAAACGCUGGAGGAGAAAGGAUGAACCACACGAAAAUGGCUUAGAAUGGAGAGCAUGACUGAAAACAGUUUCCAGAUUAUAAGCAAAGGAUGGAAAGCAUGAAAGAGACUUAAAAUCACAAACGAGAUCGAUAAUCCCUUCAUAUAUUGUUCCAUAAAGUACCAACUAAGAGAAGUCACCUUCGAAUCGUGGCGGUGAAAGUUAGCACUGUGCGCAAAUUUCGAAAAUAAGGAACCUUCUGAGCUGGAAAUUAAAAAAAAAAAAACAAUUUCCCUUUUUAGGCAAAACACACUGAUAUUUGUAACUGACUAAUUACUGUAGACUUUGUCUCUGACGAAACUCAACUUUCGUCUAAUAUUUGAAUAACUUCUAACCGACUAUUUCUGGUGUAGAAUGUAGUUAGCGAGGGAAGAGAUUUUAUAAAGUCAUUUAGCUGCUUAGUUUCAGACUUAUAACUUUCGGACUGUGCAGUCAAUCCCAAAUAUCAUAAAAAUGAAGAAAAUGAAGGAAAUUUACUCUAA